AAACGAGUUCAGACCCUGGAUAGAUGUCAAGCCUGUGAAAGCUAUAAAAGCAAAGGCUCAGUACAAGCCUCCAGAGGAGAAAAUGACCCAUGAAACCAGUUACAGUGCUCAGUUCAAGGGGGAAACCAGUAAACCUGCUCCAGCCGAUAACAAAUUCCUGGAGCGCAGAAGGAUACGCACUCUCUACAGUGAACCCUACAAAGAACCGCCAAAGGUGGAAAAGCCUAGCGUAAAGCCUUCCAAACCAAAAAAGACCACAACAAGCCAUAAACCCCUGAAAAAGGCCAAAGACAAGCAGAUUGCAUCUGGCCGGGCUGCCAAGAAAAAGAGCGCCGAGACCUCCAACACAGCAAAACCAGAGGACAAGGAGAAAAGUAAAGAGAUGAACAAUAAACUGGCUGAGGCAAAAGAGACCCCCAAAAAAAACACUGGUGCUACAGACCAAGAACCAAGUACCUUAGUGCAGGAGCAACGCACAUGAAGUUGAGCACUUUCUUCCGAGCGGCAGUUGGAGCAAACGUAUAGUCUGCAUGAAAUGUGUAUCGUCUGGCUGGCAUACAAUAAAGCUGAUGAUCCGAGCUGAGUGACAA